AUGUCGCUCGAGAACGACACGCGGCCGAGGGUCGACGGUUAUGUCCAACCUCAAAUGACCAAGAAGCCACCUUUCUCUGUCGAGGCUUCUGGAUAUCAGAAGAAGGAAGGCGAAACCAUACCCCGACGCAACCCUCUGGCCAAAGACAAGCUCAUCGUUCAACCUUCAGACGAUGUCAAAACCGUUUUUGACAAUCUCAAGAGGGCGGCCUCCAAAUUCGGAAAUGCCAAAGCUAUUGGAUCGAGAAGGAUCAUCAAGACUCACGUAGAGAACAAGAAGGUCAAAAAGAUUGUCGAUGGUCGCGAGCAAGAGGUGGACAAGAAAUGGACCUACUUCGAGCUCAGCGGUUACGAGUACAUGACUUUCAUCGAGUAUGAGAAGCUGGCUCUCGACUGCGGCUCGGGCUUGGCUCAUCUUGGAAUUUCUAAAGAAAACAAAAUGCACCUGUAUGGUGCUACCAGUGCUCACUGGCUGGCUAUGUCGCAUGCUGCCGCCUCUCAGUCGAUCCCUAUCGUCACUGCUUACGACUCUCUCGGUGAGGAAGGACUAAAGCAUUCUCUCAUUCAGACCGGAUCUGUCGCCAUUUUUUUAGAUCCCAACCUCAUCCCCACCUUGCUCAGAGUCAUCAAGGACGUGACGAACCUGAAGACUGUCAUCUACAACACGGAGCCUGAGGUCAAGGAAGCUGAUCUGGAGAAAUUGAAAUCCUCCUAUCCCGAUCUGAAAGUCAUGAGCUUUGAAGAAUUGCGAAAGUCCGGCGCUGACAAUCCCGUGGACCCCGUGCCUCCCAGCCCAGAAGAUCUGGCCUGCAUCAUGUAUACAUCUGGCUCCACUGGGCCACCGAAGGGUGUUACCAUCAAACACAAGGCUGUGGUUGCCGCAAUGGCCGGAGUCCAGACGGUCGUGGCACCCUAUAUUGGACCGGCCGACGCAUUGCUGACUUAUCUGCCUCAAUCGCACAUUUUCGAAUACAUGUUCGAAAACGUGUGCUUGUUCUGGGGUGGAACUAUGGGCUACGGCAACCCUAAGACCUUGUCCGACGCUUCGGUCCGGAAUUGCAAAGGAGAUAUUCGUGAAUUCCGACCCACUAUUUUGAUAGGCGUCCCUGCCGUCUGGGAAAGCGUCAAAAAGGGUAUUCUUUCGAAAGUCAAUGGCGGCUCCUUCAUCGUCAGGAACAUGUUCUGGGGCGCUUUGUCACUGAAACAGACUCUGCUCUCAAUGGGCCUGCCUGGCGCCGGUAUAUUGGAUGCUGUGGUUUUCAAGAAGUUGAAGGAUGCCACAGGAGGCCGACUCCGCAUUGCCUUCAACGGAGGCGGCCCUAUCUCGGAAGAAACCAUCAAAUUCAUCAGUUAUGCAGUCACCCCCAUGAUUUCCGGCUAUGGUCUCACUGAGACUUCUGCGAUGGGCUGCAUUCAAGAUCCUUUGGCGUGGGAUCCCUAUGCCCUGGGCGACAUCACUGGAUGUAUCGAGAUCAAGCUGGUCGACUUUCCUGAUGCUGGUUACUUCUCGACGAACAAACCCCCCCAAGGCGAAAUCUGGAUUCGAGGCCCUUCGGUCACAGAAGGAUAUUGGGACAAUGAAAAAGAGACCCAAGAAGCAAUUACCGAAGACGGAUGGUUCAAGACCGGCGAUAUUGGUGAAUUCAAUGCAAACGGCCACCUACGUAUCAUCGACCGGAAGAAAAACUUGGUCAAGACACUCAAUGGUGAAUACAUUGCCCUCGAGAAACUGGAAUCAGCCUACCGAACAGCCCCCGUUGUCGGAAACAUUUGCGUUUUCGCUGCUCAAGACAAGGCGAAGCCGAUUGCCAUUAUCGUGCCAGUUGAAGCCACCCUGCAGAAACUCGCAGCAGCCAAUGGCAUCCACGGAGAAAACCUGGAAGAGAUGGUUCAUGAUGAAAAGCUGAAUGCAAUCGUGCUAAAGGAAGUGCAGAAAGCGGGUCGUGAGGCUGGUCUUUCUGGUAUUGAGAUCAUUGACGGCGUCGUCCUGGCCGACGAGGAGUGGACUCCUCAAAAUGGUCUAAUUUCCCCGGCUCAAAAAGUUCAAAGGAAGAAGAUUCAACAGCGAUUCGAAAAGGAAAUCAAGCAUGCCUACGGAGACUGA